AACUCCCGUACGCGGCGAUGAUCAAUUCCGGGUCACAAAUAGAAGUCACUUCACUACUGUUUUUGUUAUGAUGGUGUAAAACUGUUAUUUCCAUUUUUUUUACAGCAAUGCCUCCGUUUUAAGACAAGAGAUGAGCUGGUUUCUACCAAAGCUAUCCUGUAAGAAGGAUAUCGACGAGGUUAUUAAGAGUGUGGCCGAGAAAGUUUUGGUGUUGCGGUUUGGGAGGGAUGAAGACUCCGUCUGUAUGCAGCUUGAUGAGAUACUGUCAAAGACAUCGCAUGAUCUCAGCAACAUGGCUUCGAUCUACCUGGUGGAUGUCGAUAAAGUGCCGGUCUAUACGAGGUAUUUCGACAUCAGCUACAUCCCGUCCACAGUCUUCUUCUUCAAUGGGCAACACAUGAAGGUGGAUUAUGGGUCUCCGGAUCACACCAAAUUUGUGGGAAGUUUUAAAACCAAGCAGGACUUUGUCGACCUGAUUGAGGUGAUUUAUCGAGGGGCAAUGAGAGGAAAGCUCAUCGUGCAGAGCCCUAUCGACCCCAGGGAUGUUCCGAAAUACGAUCUUCUUUACCAAGGAAUAUAGGUUGGGUUGCAGUUUAUAUUCCGAUGCUGCAGGGUCGUGACUACAGAACAGGACUUUGCAUGAAGGAAGACAAAAGUUUGGGAAUGUGUACUGCUGAAGGAAAGGAACUUUCUCGUGUUAAAUUCUGCCACCUGUGAAGAGGAGUUCAGCUGUCUGGUGUGACUUUCUUUCACAUCCCUUAGUAGUAUGUGUCUGGGAACGGUGGGACACAGUAGCUUGUCAUUUGCUGUAACUGGGCUUCUGUAGUCAGACAUUUUGUUCUCGAUAUGUGAAACAAUCAUACUGGUGCGUCAUUCAGUUUGCCCUUCCUGUCCUAUUUUUAAAAAGGAGAACGUCAGGUGUUUCUGAAUGAUGCAUAAGAGGCAGACAUGCUUUCACCCCGUUUUCUUCUGCAUAUUUUCAUAUUUUGAAUCUAUUAUGAAACACGGGUUCUGAAAAAGCAAUGAAUGUUUCCUGAGGGAUAAAAGUGGCCUUUUUGGCUUGUUGUAUUUUUUCAACAGUGUUCCAGAUGUUUUCGGUUUGUAUUAAAAGCUAAGUGAGUGUAGUACUCAAUUAUUUCUUUGUUACCAUUAAACAUUGAAAAUGAAAGAGCCUUAAAACACGUUUGAAACCUUUGGUCAAAAAGCUUCGUUUAAUGUACUGUAGUACCACACACAACCACAAGUGCAUUCACUUACAAUGCCUUGGCGAUGUUCAAGUGAAUCUGAAAAAAAAAAGCAAAUAUAAAACUCAUUAUGAUGAUAGCAAUUGUUGAUUACAUGUUCAAAAUAAAAGGCAGAUUUGGGCUCAGUUGGAAACUCUUAUAAAGUGAAAAGGAUUUCUAUUUUUGGCUCAGAUGAUUUAUGAAUUAUUUGUUUUUUAACAAUUAAAAUAUGUUAAGUAUGGAUCUGUGUUUGAUAAUAAAGAGACGGCUGUGCUUUAAAA